AUGAGGCGUCUCGGUUCUUUGUUGUCGUCCGGUGGACAUUGCCGGGCUUUCCCCCCCCCCCCCCCCCAGGCCACAGGAGCUUCCGGCCGCUGCAACGUGCAGACUCUAAAGCAAGCCACCGACCGGGGUAGAGUCCGCGAGGCAGAUAAUGUGACCCAUUCAUUCGGUUUGGUAGCCCAUCGGUUGGACGCCUCCCGUGCCUUUUCACUCAUCUGGCCCUCCCCCUGGUCGAGAUUCACCUACCCAAACAAGGGUGCAAAGGAGAAUGGAGGGUGUCGUGCUGGCGAGGAAUGUCCUUUCAUUCAUGAUUCCUCUGCACUCCAGAAGAAAGAGACUCUUGAUCUGUCAUCCAGACCACAGUCCACAACUCCGGUUGCUGCAGCUUUGGAAUCCGAUACAGUCAACAAAGCUGGAACUUCAGAAGCGAGUUCAAGCAAGGCAACUCAAGCCGUGACGCAGUCUACUGCAGCACAAGCUACAAGACCUGUGUCCAAAGUUGAGAAAAAUGACCCCAGAGAGUUCCAACUCAAUCAAUUGCGGCGGCGCUUCCGUCCCCAGGAGCAAGAGGAGACAGAUGGGAUUAAACUGAGCUUUGACCUGGUCCCCUCAGACCCCGACUUUCCCUUUGAGUUGGAUGCCCUGAAGUGUGUUCUCCAUGUACCGGCUACGUACCCUACCAAGGGACGGCCAAAGCUUUCAGUAACCAAUACUGAGAUGGAGUCUGCAUUCCAGAACAACGUGUCAAGAGGAUUUGACGAUAUCGUGGACUUUGCGAUCCGAACUAAUGCCCGUGGAACUUUGCUCAAUUGGGUGAACACCUUGGACAGGCAACUCGAACGGCUCUUGACAUCCCUGGAAAGAGGGCCACGGCUGACAUUCGUUGCCAACACCGGUAAUGCCAGUGCAAUGGAUGCCUCGACAGAGAAAGCAAAACCAGUAUCGGACUCACCUGUCCAACUUGCACAAGCCCCUGUGACUCCAAUCCCGGCGAAGCCAAGUUCGUAUACCAGGCCGCUUGUUAUCAAACCAAGUUACACAUACGAACAAAAGGCCCAAGCGGAGAAGAGAAGGGCAAUGGAGACGAAACAGCUCGAGGCUCGACUUGGCCGACUUCCCCAUUUCCAAAAACGCUCAGAGAGCCUCUUCACUCUUCCAAUACAACCGGCCAAGGUAGACCGUUUGCCUAGGUGUCUUCAAGGAGUAAACACCAUCAAGCUUAUCGUCCCUCAACUCUAUCCUCUUGAGCAUAGCUCGAUUGAGAUACAGGGUGUAGAUGAGCCAGAGGCGAGAUCUGUGGAGUACGGAUUUGCGCAGUGGUUUGACAAGAAUCCUCAAAUGAAUCUUGUUUCUCAGAUCAACUAUCUGGCAAGCAACAUGUUCAACUUUGCAAAGACACCACUACCCCAAGUUGCGGAACAAGCGCAGCAGGAAUAUGUCUCAGAGGACAAGGAUAACCUGGAACAAGAAGUCGAUAAUUCAGAAGCAAUUCCUACGGCUACCAAAGACAAACCGCAUUUGCAUGUCAUCCCUCGUCCGCCCGAGUGGUCCGUCACUGAGCAAGAAAGUGGCAGCGACAUGACCGAGAGUUCCAGCGACGAAGAAGAAUCCGAUGAGUACGAUGACGAAGCCGAGGACUCUGAAGAAGGAGGAGCUCCGGUUCCUGCAAUUCCUGACACGCCUGGCCGAGGCGUUGCACUCUCUUUCCCUUUCAUGGAGUUAUAUGGUAUCGAGCUCCUGGAAAUCUCGCAUCUUGCCGUCACUGUGAAGUGCGAACGCUGCAAGGAUUCCAUGGACAUCAAAAACGUCACUCAACUCACUGAUUCGAAAGAUGUGCCGAAAGUUGAGUCUUGCAAAAAGUGCGCUAAUUCCAUGAGUCUUGGGUUCCGAAAGCAGCUGAUGCAUUCGCACGCUAAUCGUGCUGGUUAUCUUGAUUUGGAUGGCUGUACAGUUCUCGACAUGCUUCCAAGCAACUUUAUUCCGACCUGUUCAGAUUGCUCCACCCCGUACCACGCUCCAGGCGUUUCGGCGGUGCGCGGAGAAAGCGCCAUGGCCAUUUGUCGGCACUGUCACCGAAAGAUGGUAUUCAAGCUACCCGAAACCAAAUUCUUGGUAGUUGGUAGCGCGGCGAUGUCAUCUCGUGCCGCACUUCCCUUGAAAAGGAGACCCAAGGAGGUCCUUGGGAUCGUUGCCGGGCAGGAACUUCCUCGUCGUGGUCGAUGCCAGCACUAUGGAAAGAGUUAUCGUUGGUUCAGGUUCAGUUGCUGUGCUAAAGUCUUUCCAUGCGAUAAAUGCCAUGAUGCGCAGACAGAUCAUCCCAAUGAACAUGCCAACCGUAUGAUUUGUGGUUUUUGCUCGCGGGAGCAAAUCUACAGACCGGAAAACUGUGGGAUCUGUAAAGCUGGGCUUGUAGGCAAAGCUGGUAGUGGAUUCUGGGAGGGUGGAAAGGGAACGAGAAAUCGGGCUUUGAUGAGUCGAAAGGAUCCUCGAAAGUACAAGAGACGCGGGGCCAAUGUCCCGGGUGGAUCGAGUUCGAAGAAGAAAUAG